AUGGCCAAGGCCGAGGCAGUGGCUCAGCUGAGCACGCUUGGACGACCUGGCAACUUCCUCGUGCAUGCGAGUGACAGGCGUUCCGUUGCUGGCGAGCUGACGUUUGUCAACGCCAACCACAAAGUGACCACCCGCGGCAUCGUCAAGCGGAAUGGCCAAGUGCGCCUGGAGACGAGUACGGUGUGGGCGGCGUCCAUCCCAGAACUUGUGUCGAAGCUUGGGCGUGCAGACACGACAGACAUUGGCAUUAAGCUCGUCACCGCUACAUGUACAACCAUCUGA